CGCCCUCCGCGGGGCCCGCGGCGGGCGGCCCCGGAUGGGCGAGGGGCCCGCCGCCGCCCCCCGCACGCCCGGCGCCCGGGCCCGGCCCGCUGGACGCGCUGGCCCGGCCGCCCCCUCCUCUAUGUUCUACGCGGGGCUGCUCUUCGUCAACGUGCUCAUCCUCUACUACGCCUUCCUCAUGGAGUACAUCGCGCUCAACGUGGGCCUGGUCUUCCUGCCCGAGGACAUGGACCAGGCGCUCGUGGACCUGGGCGUGCUCUCGGACCCCGGCGCGGGCCUCUACGAGACCGACUCGGAGCUGGACGCGCUGGACGGCCCCCUGGAGUAGCGGGACGGGCCCCGCCCGCUCUCCUCAAAAGCUUUGUGCCAACAGAGGGGCUCCUGUCCGGACCCCAGAGCCGGGGACAGAGACGCGGAGACUGAGAGCCCCUGUCGGGGUGGCCGGGCUCCGCUGGGGCCGCCCCAAGACCUCCCCUGCCGCCCGCGCCUCCAGCCCGGACCCGCCCUGCCGCCCAUGGAUGUUUACAGGCCCCCGCCGGCCCCCCCUGCACCUGCUCUGUCCACUUCGCCUCCGAGAGGACUUGCCAAGCCGGGGGACGCCUCCCCCCCCGCCCCACGCCAAGCCACUCCCAGCCAUGUUUGAUGCCAGGGCCAGCCCGGGCUGGCAGCCACCCACCCCGCCAGCCUCGAGACCCAGGGGACAGCUGAGAAGAAGCGGGUGGGCAUCUCGGGUGGGGUGUCCUUCAGUUCAGACCUCGGUGUCGCCUCCGGCCCACCUCCCCGGCCACUGCCCCCCUGCCUGGGAGGGCCCAGGAGACUGGAGGGGCACGCAGAUACUUGACUCUGUAAAGCAAUACUGACGG